GAGGAUUCUGAGUGAACAGGCCACGUGACUUAAGAUGUAUAACUACACAGAUGCUCAGUAAUCGUUACACACUUGAGUACGAACAGUAGAACAAAAUCACGGAAACAAGAUGAGAGAAAUAGUUCAUCUACAGGCCGGACAAUGCGGGAACCAGAUCGGCGCUAAGUUCUGGGAGGUGAUAUCGGACGAACAUGGUGUAGACUCGACUGGUUCAUACAAUGGAGACUCACCAUUACAGCUGGAACGUAUCGAUGUCUACUUUACAGAGGCCUCAGGAGGCAAAUAUGUUCCCCGAGCUGUCUUGGUGGAUUUGGAGCCUGGAACCAUGGACUCUGUCAGAUCUGGUCCUUUUGGACAAAUCUUCAGACCAGACAACUUUGUGUUCGGACAGAGUGGUGCUGGAAACAACUGGGCUAAGGGACAUUACACAGAAGGUGCUGAGCUCGUAGACUCUGUUCUUGAUGUGGUACGAAAGGAAGCAGAAGGAUGCGAUUGUCUUCAGGGAUUCCAGCUUACACAUUCUCUUGGUGGUGGUACCGGAUCCGGAAUGGGAACUCUCCUCAUCUCCAAAAUCCGUGAAGAAUACCCAGACAGAAUUAUGAACACGUUCUCCGUUGUACCAUCACCAAAGGUAUCAGACACAGUUGUAGAACCCUACAACGCUACUCUCUCGGUCCACCAACUUGUUGAAAACACAGAUGAAACUUUCUGCAUCGACAAUGAGGCCCUUUACGACAUCUGCUUCCGUACCCUCAAACUGACAACACCCACAUACGGUGACUUGAACCAUCUCGUCUCCGCCACCAUGUCCGGAGUCACCACCUGUCUCCGAUUCCCCGGUCAACUGAACGCCGAUCUCCGUAAAUUGGCUGUCAACAUGGUUCCCUUCCCCCGUCUCCAUUUCUUCAUGCCUGGUUUCGCUCCUCUUACAUCUCGUGGUAGCCAGCAAUACAGGGCUCUUACAGUCCCAGAGCUGACCCAACAGAUGUUCGACGCCAAGAACAUGAUGGCUGCCUGUGAUCCUCGUCACGGACGUUAUCUGACUGUCGCCACAAUGUUCCGUGGAAUCAUGUCCAUGAAGGAGGUCGAUGAACAACUCUUAAACAUCCAGAACAAGAACAGCAGCUACUUCGUUGAAUGGAUCCCCAACAACGUCAAGACCGCCGUCUGUGAUAUCCCACCACGUGGUCUUAAGAUGUCUGGUACCUUCAUUGGUAACAGCACCGCCAUCCAGGAGCUCUUCAAGCGUAUCUCUGAACAAUUCACCGCUAUGUUCCGUCGUAAGGCUUUCUUGCAUUGGUACACUGGUGAGGGUAUGGACGAGAUGGAGUUCACAGAGGCCGAAUCCAACAUGAACGACUUGGUGUCCGAGUACCAACAGUACCAGGAUGCCACAGCUGAGGAGGAGGGAGAGUUCGAGGAGGACGAAGAAGAGGAAGAAAAUCUUGAAUAAACGUGACAAUACAAACCGCACAAUCAAAGGGAACAAUGGUACAUACUCAUUGAUAAUAAAUUAAAAUCUAAAAUCAGA